AUGGAAGAGAAGGCUCGGUCUGAGAAGCCUCUGAAGGAGAAAGCACCGGCUGAAAAUGACCCGAAAGAGAAAACAUCCAAGGACGAAGGUCCUAAAGAAGCCGAACCGAAGGGUAAGGCCAAACAAACUGCAGUAAAAGAGAAACAACCGAGACUCAAAAGUGCAACUAGGAGAACCAAAAAGCCGGCUGCAAAGAAAACGGCUAGCAAGUCUCACGAGUCCGAAAGAACUCCAUCUCCCGGGGCAUCUCCUGGCCCAUACGAUCCAUUGGUAAACAAUAUCCCUAUAAAUGUGGUGAUACCAAUUAUGGUUCAUUCCUCACCAGAAAAGGAGAAGGACGCAACCGAAAAUGUCCCUUCUCCAAAGCAGGCCAAAUCUUCUGCAAGCCGGGUUGCUAAAUCUCCUGACCGGGUUAGUAUUCUCACUCAUAACUCUGAAAUUAGGAAAUCUCCUCCUAAAGAUAUUGCGAAUACAUUAGAGAAAGUCCAGUUAAGGACUUCAGAUGUGGUACUAGACAUAGAAAAAGAAGUCACUCGGGCAAACAAUGAUGAGGCGACAAACAAAAUUGUUGAGGAAGGUCAGGGCGAUAGAGCUGACAGGAUAGAUGAUCUGACCAACGAAGUGGUCAAUAAUGAAGAAGAAAUACCAACUUCCUAUACUAAGCUCAAGGAGACAAUGAUGCAGAAAGAAGUACAACAAAUCCGGGUGCUAAAAACCCCAUUCCCAACACCACACCACAAUCGUCAAAACCAGUUCAUGAAGAAGAAGAAAAAAAUCCUCCGGUUUAGGGAGUGGUUGAAACUGGUAGACCUGGAGCGAAUAAUAUUUUGGCUGACAAAAUCAGACUUUAUCCCUUUGGCUAUGUCCAUAUGUUAUCUAGCCGAAAAUAACACCAAAGUAUGGGCCAUAAACGAAGUAUUGGAGGCCUCCAAAGACGUGGCCCUUACCGCUGAGGAAACUAAGGCAAAGGACUCUUUGCACGAGAUCAUUUCCAAGAUUGAAGCCAAGAUAUCUGAGUUGGAUAAGACAAUCGAGCGAAAAAUCAAGGAAUAG